CUUGUUUUUGGCUUUUUGCCCAGAUUCCCCGAUCCGAGACCGCCGUCGCAUUCCUCCAGUAUCCCGUCCAUAUACAUUCUACGAUCAGGAAUACAUAAACCGUCUUCUGUGUAUUCCUGAUCGCCCCAGAUUUGAGAACUUCGCAUCCAGUUGCAAAUCCGUCUUCUGUGUAUUAUUCAGUUCAGUCAGCUAGAGCGAUGGCGGCCGCUGGUUCAGUCCAGAAAACAGACGAAGAAUGGCGGGCGAUUCUCUCUCCCGAGCAGUUCCGAAUCCUCCGCGAGAAGGGAACCGAGUAACUCCUCCCUCCCUCACUCACCUCUCUUCCGAUUCAAUUGCGCAAUUUCCAAAAGGAAACUUUUCAAAGCUGAUCUUGCUGUUUAAUAGGUUGAAAUCCACGGGGGAAUACGACAAGUUCUUCGAGGAAGGAAUCUACAAAUGCGCUGGCUGCGGCACUCCUCUUUACAAAUCGGGCACCAAGUUCAAUUCCGGCUGUGGGUGGCCGGCUUUCUUUGAGGGACUCCCCGGAGCCAUCCAUCGCACUCCGGACCCAGAUGGGAGGAGAACUGAGAUCACUUGUGCAGCUUGUGGCGGGCACUUGGGCCAUGUUUUCAAGGGCGAAGGGUUCAAGACCCCAACAGAUGAACGCCACUGCGUCAACAGCGUCUCUAUCAAGUUUGAUUCUGGGAAUUGAUGAGGUUUGAUCUUAGCUUGUGGUGUGGGAAUAUGCUGGAAUGUAUGUCUGACGAAUCAAACUGAUCAGAAAGCAGCUGCGAUCAUCCUGUUGAGAUUGAAAUCGUGUGAAAAGCAAUAAUGGAGAAUAUGUUGGGUUGGGUUGGGUUGAUUAAUUUCGAAUCUGUUGUCUGUUACCUAAUGUUUGCUUUACUCACUGUUAAGGUGAAGCCAUUAUUCCAAGCAAAUUUUAGUCUGAUGCUUCUUUUCAUCGUUGAUACCAUAUUCUCACUGGGUAUUGCAUUUGCAUCUACAACUUACUGUCCUGUCUUAGUUAGUUGGCUGAUCUUCAAGUUUGGUGCCGUAUCAUAUUUGUUUCAGAAGAAGGAUGAGAAAUCUUGAAUCUUUCUUCCCUAGAAAGGUGGGAACCUCUCCUCCUGGCUGAUAGAUAAAAUUGGCGCGCUAGAAUUGAAUGGUCAAACUUGGAAGAUUUGCACUGAUUG